AUGCAAUUCCAAGCACAAAAUCUCAAACGUAAACUUGAUACCGAAGAUGAAAGUCGCAAGAAUACGUAUAUGCACAAAAGACAUAAUCAUCUUAGUGAUAUGAUUAACGUUGUCGCGUUCAAUCACAGUAUUCAAUCAAACAUAUCAACUCCAACAACCGAAGAUGAAAUGGAUAUUGACUUGCCUCUUUUCAUUAAUUCAAGUUCAACUGCAACAUUUAAUUCAAAUCCAAAUCAAUUCCAUCAUCAUCAAACCGAGGUGAUACCCGCAAUAAUGCUGAGCGCGAUGAAAAGUCAAACUCCGUCGUCAUCAGUUUGUUGCGUUAAAAAUCUUCAACAUGAGAAAUUAAUUCGUUUCGGUUGCAUCUUCUUAUUUUGA